GGUUUUGUGCAAGCAACAUGGGCUACUCGAAAGAAACCGCGUUCCCAACUUGUGCGAAUAUGAUGGAAGAGGACUCAGUGGUAUUGGAGUGUGACAAGUUGUCCUAUUGCUACGGAGGUGGUGCAACUGUUCAUGACCGUGCGGUCAGCGAGCCGAAGUUAAUCGAAGUGUGUUGUACAUUUGGGCAAGGGUGCCGAGUCCUUGUCGUUGGAGGCGUUGUAUAUACCGGCUCUGGCUUAUCCAGCUUCAAAGCGAGACGCUGCGUUGUAAUGUGAUGGCUGAUUGCGGACAAUGGGGUUUUUGGAGAGCGUCCAAUGAAGCCAAGAAGCACGGCUUCGUGUGGUGUCCUUUUGGCUUGAGCUCUGUGCCUGAAGGCAAUGGAGCUGGCAAAUCCACACUUCUCUCCAUCAUGGGUGGCAAGAAGAUGGUCCCAAGAAAUGAUUGCAAGAUCUUGGGCAAACCCGUGUUCCAUGAUUCUACAUUGAACUCGGACCGGAUGUACUGUGGUGAUUGGUGGCGCACUGAUUUUUUCUUCAAUAUCACUGUCGCAGAGUUGAUUGGGGACAAGCUUCUUGAAACCCCUCGGGUUCAAGAACUUAUUGACAUCAUGCAAAUCAACACAUCAUGGCAUAUCAAUGCGAUCAGUGACGGCCAAAGACGCAGGUGUCAAUUGCUCGAGUGCCUAGCAGAAGAGAAGAAGGUCUACAUCCUUGACGAAAUCACCACGGACUUGGAUCUUUAUGCUCGUGAAGGGCUCCUUAGUUUUUUGCGGCGCGAAUCUGAAGAGAAGGGAGCGACAAUUUUCUACGCGACCCACAUUUUUGAUCACCUGGCUGAGUGGGCCACGCACCUGCUCUUUUUCUCAGCUGGAAAGGUGCAACGAUGCUGCCGGAUAUCUGACUUGCAUGAGUACCACCAGCUGGCCAAGAAUACCCGUUGUCCCUUGUACACCUUGAUGAAGCAAUGGAUUGUACAGAGUUAUGGCGAAACUGGAGCUGUGCAGCAGGAUGCAUCCUCGACUGGUCCACCUGUGGAAGCAGUCGACGGGCCCGUCCUGGAAAGUAAGAACCUCACCUAUAGUUAUGCUGGCGGCACACCUCAACUGCAGAACGUGUCCUUCCACUUUAGCCGCGGUGCACGCAUUCUGGUGGUCGGGGCGAAUGGAGCUGGAAAGUCCACCUUGCUAUCGAUCUUGGGUGGAAAACGCAUGAUCCCAAGAGGUCAUGCAACCGUCAUGAGGAAGGAUUGCUUUAACGAUCCUGGAGUGUCACAGCACAUCAUGUAUUGUGGUGAUUGGUGGCGGACAACGUUUUUUAUGAACCUUUCCAUUGGAGCACUUCUUGGAGAUGUUGCGCAGACUGCGCGUUGCCAACACUUGGCGCAUGUCUUGCAGGUGGAUAUGCAGUGGAGGAUCAACGAAGUCUCGGAUGGGAUGAGGCGUCGGUGCCAACUUUUGGAGUGCUUGGCGACACCGCGCUCAGUCUAUUUGAUGGAUGAGAUCACCUCAGACUUAGAUUUGUUUGCUCGCGAAGGCAUCUUAAAUUUUCUCCGUGCAGAGACCGAAACAAGGGGAGCCACAAUAUUCUAUUGCACGCAUAUUUUUGAUCAUCUUGAAGGAUGGGCAAGCCACCUCCUGCACCUGUCGCAGGGUGAGGUGAUACGAUUCUGCCCAAUGAGCGAGGUUGAGGAGUAUAGCACUCUUUGCGAGGAGGGGAAUGCCACUCCAUUGUAUUCUUUGGUGAGAAGAUGGAUUUACAAGGAAUAUGAUGCCGGUGGUGGGGCGCAGCCUUGGCGAAAACUUGCAAAGACUGAGGACGGUCGCCUUCCAAACCUUGGACUGGCAGGCCCAUUUCAGAUGACAAGCGGCUGAGGCAGCUGAGGAAUUGAAUCCCUUGAAUCCUGUGCUGGCCAUUUUGAAAUUGGGCAGUUUCACCAUUGUUGCACACUUCAAGCUUCAAAAUGCUUCGGUAGUUAGUUUUUUUUUUGGAAUCGGGUCGUGAGCAUAUGCAGUUUGGUGAAUGCAGAGGGUUGCUAUUCACGAGUGGUUCUAACAUUGGCCACGUUGCGAGUGGCAAGUUUGGUAGAUUCUUUUGGGUGCGUACGGUAGGCAACGCCGCAUGCAUACUACCAGUCUAGCACUGUUGGCCGGUACCUUCGGCCAAGCCACAUGGACAGAGCGCCAAUUCGUACAUAUAUCAGAUUUUCGAUGCGGAGGAAACAAUGCCAUGCAUCCCAACGAAUUGCUCAGUCUUCGCGC